ACGCGACGGGCUAUAAUAAUAAUUAACGGCAUCCCCUUGGUCGGUUCCAUUGCUCCUAUCAAGGCCGUCAACUCUGCCCGUCGACGCUGAGGCCUCUUUCCUCGCCCACCACCGCAGCGUACUCGUCGUUGGGCAGCCUGGGCUCGCCGCCGUCGACGACGCCGUCCAUCCUUCUCCCGCCAACUGCCAGUCUACUCUUUCUCUUCGCUUUUGUUUCUAACGUCCUGGCACGACUCGUGAUGUCCAUCAACCACGCCAACAUGGCCACACACGCACCACAAUCUUUACCUUCAUUCGCGCAGGCCUUCAGCACCCCUUCCUUGAACUCCAUUUCAUCCAAGAGCAACGCACUACCUCCCAUACAGAACCGUCUGCCGUCCAUGGAGGACGCGAACCACCGUCGCGUGGACUCGCCCCCCGUUCAGGACGAGAGCAGGCACGCAGCCGCAGACGGGCUGCCGAAGCGUAGCAGUUUAAAGCGUGCACACCCAGGGGGAAGCUCGGCGUCCGGUAAGCACGAUAACGACACUUCUGACUCUGAGAGACACCGCUCACCGCGAUUGGUCCGUAUCAAAGAAGAACAAGAGCACGACCCUGUAGAUCGACACACUCCCCCAUCUGCCCAAUCUAGCCAGCAGUUCCACGGAUCCCUCCAAGAUACGAGCAGCGCGCCCCCACCCUCCAGUGCAUACCCCAAUCCUCCCAAAAGACGUCGCGUCACUAUCAGCGGCACCCAUCCAUCGCUAAACAUCAACGUCCAGCGUGCUGGAUCGGAACAUGCUACGCCUGUCUCGCCGGUGGUAAUGGGCUUUACGCUCAAUCGAGACGAUCCAGCCGCUAUCGAACAGGUACGAUCCAUGCUGUCUGUUAAGCAGAAACAGAAGGCUCUGAUCGAGCAGAGGAGGGGUAGCGUCGCGGGCGUGAUGUCCGUCCCUGGCCAGAGUGCUGGUCCGCCUGCGGUAAACGUCGUCAACCCUCCUUCUGUCUCUGACGAGCCCGGUCGCAAGUCGACUCGCGCCGGACGUAGUCCGCCUAAUCCGCCAGGCAGUAGCCUUAUAAGCGGCAGGCGCGCGACUAUAGCUGCACCUAGCACCAGCCAGCGCAGCCCCCCACAGGCUCCUACGCACCACCAUCGUCCCAGCCCUCCUAACAUUCAAACCCAGACUGCCCAUGCCCAUAAUCCCAGUACCCCCAUCCGCACGAACCACCCCGAACCGCCACCUUCAUUCACGGAAGCGCCUGGCGGACCACUCCCCAACGCACUCCCGCCUCCGCCCAUCAGCUUCGCCCGUCGGCGCGCAGCCCAACUAGGCGGCGUGAAGAAGAAACCAGCGGACAUAAUCGUCAGCUCGCGCGACCCGGUACCCCCGCCUGCCAUCCAGAGCGCCCCGCCCAUCCCCAGAGCCAGUCAACAAGCUGGUCCGCCCAUGGCGCUGCCAAGCCUUCCCCCGGUGAUGGGAGCAGGUGCGCAGGGGGCGACGCGGACGACAAUCGGUCGCGUGCCGCCUACGCCUACGAGACUGGGGAUGCUCAGCAACACCGCUCGUGCUGGGCCGUCCCAGGUAGCCGGGGCGCGGUCGCCGCAGGGACCCACCGUGCCGAUUGCGUCGACGCUCGUCCCGCCGACGCCGACAUCCCUCGCGCACCCGCAUUAUGCUGCGGAGAAGUCGGCCUUCCUGGCGCCGUUCGAAAUGUUUUACGAUGCGCUGGCUGAUUCGAAGCAGCUGAAGAACUGGCUCGCGGAGCAGCUGCAGAAGUCGCACGCGCUCGUGCAGAAUGUGCAGCAGCAGCAGGAGCGGGUUGAGCAGAUGGUGGAGACGAUGGUGGAUCGCAAGGUUGCGCCGAUGCGCGAGGAGAUUUAUGGGCUGAAGAGGAGGGUGGGGGAGCUGGAGGAGGAGCUGUACGCGGCGCGUGCAGCGGCGAACCCAGGGCCUGUGCGGCAGCCUGUCUCGCAUAUGCCGUCAUCUGUGCCUCCUAGCGCCAGAACUAGAGUUGGACCAGGUGUGCCGGACAAUCAGUACACGUUCCCCCCGGUUGCGGAGUUGUCGAGUAUACCACGCCGGCCAGACCUCGUUAGGAGGCCGUCAUCCACGGGUAGGUCCUCAGCAGGCGGAGACUUCAACGAUGCGCGCAGCAUCCCAGGCUCGGAACGAGGCUCGCCUGUCGGGUUUGACGUGAAUAAACGCGUAUCGGUAUCUGCUAUGCGGUACGAGCCUGCACCCUCGCAGUCUCUCCCGGGACCGUCGCGCGAGCCGCAUCUGUAUCAGCCGUACUCUCCCCACGGCAGUGUCUACGGUAGGGGCUCGCCUCAUACUCGUUCUCCCUUGAUCAACUCCAAAUCUGCUGCACCGCCGCCUCUUCAUCGGAAUAACUCGUAUUCGCGCGGUGGACAGACACCUCAGCAUAUUUCGGAGUGGGAACGCGAUAGGGCGCCGACUCACCGGCCGCCGUCGAGUCACCGCCGUACUCCCGAUGAGGGAACGAGCGGUGAAGCAGCGCAUACUCCCCAAGAACGAAACAAUGCGACGCGGGAGUCGAUGGCAAUAUCACCACCCGCUAGUCGCCCCCGGUCUCCCGAAGCUAUGGAUGAAGGAUCGUGACGGGUAUGCAGGUCGGAAUGGUAUGCCAAGCCGGGUUUCUGGCGUAUGAUUUCAGGUGAACGCCCGCCCGUUUCUUGUUUAUUAUGUCGAAUUGUAUGCAUCUUGCCUUGGUAUGUAUCUUCUAGGCGCCGAAAGCUUGGUCUCCCUCUUCUCUCCCUCCCUUCACGAUUUUCACUAUGGCAUGGACUGUCUUGGACUCUUGUAUGCGUCUGGAGAAUCACUCCUCCCUCACCCAGCACAGGUCUCGCUGCUCCGUGCUAUUAUAUAGACUUGCAUUCACUCUUUGUCAGUCGGUUUUGUCUCGUCAGCAAUGCAUCUCUGCACAUGUAACAUGUAGGCAUUUGUAAUUGUAUCAUUCCAGAGAGCGAUAUUCUGCUGUCC